AUGAAUGAUCCAGAUCUGUUGCGAAGUCACUCAGACCUCUCAGAGAAGCUUCACCGUGUCAUGCAGGAAAAGAAUGCGAUCGAGCUCAAGCUGAUCCAGGAGACGAAGGAGCACGAGAAGACGCAGGCUCUCCUGCAGCAGCAGCAGCAGUUCCUGAAGGACCGCGAGGCCGAGUUUGCAGCAAGAGAACAUGAUCUGAUUGCCAGGAAUGAGCGGUAUAAGCGAGAGAAAGAUGAGGAGCUGGAAGAGGAGAAGUCUCGAGCUGAGCUGGAGAUCGGACGAGCAAGGGAGCAGGCAAAGAGCAUAGAAGUGAAGUACAACUUGCAGCACGAAAUAUGGGUAGGGGAAGAGGAGAAGUUUGCCAAAGAGAUUGCAGACGGCAGGCAGAAGCUUGAGAAACUCAAUACACAGAUGCAAAAUGUGCACAAGGAGAACGCCCGACUUGUGCAUGAGAUCGCCAAGGUCAAGGAAGAAGCGCGAGAGGCCAUCAAUCAGGCAACGAUUGAUUGCGAGAAUCGAUUGUCCACCUACGAGUCUGCCUUGAGCGAGGCCAAAGAAAACGUUCUGCGAUUGUCGCAAGAGCAUUCUGUCGUACAGGAAAUCGAGUCAAAAUUGCAUGCUCAGAUGAACUGCCUGCGAACUGAAUUGAAGUCGAAGGAGGAGGAGUGCAAAACGAUGAUGGACUCGAUUGAGAGAGAACAGGCGAAGAUUGUACAUCUUAAAGAGGCGGCAGACAAACAGUCGAAACUCGAGAGAGAAUUAACGAGAUUGAAGGAAAAUACAAUGGAGUCUUCUUCCAAGAUCGAAAAUCUUGAAAAACUUGUGGAAGAAGGGAGGAAGAGGAAGAAAGGGAAGCAGGAGGAGGAUGGGGAGCAGGACGAGGACGAGGACGAGGAUGAGUUCCAGGAGAAGGAGAAAUGGUUGAUAUGA